GCCCGGUGUGUGAGGGGCGGGAGGGCGGCAGCACAGCGGCUUCCUCGUUACUGAUAGCCCGGGCGGCUGUCGCGCCUCUGGUAGCGCCAUGGAUAAGCGGUGCUACGGGUGUGCGUCCAAGUUCUCCGUCUUCAAGAAGGAGUGUGGAUGCAAGAACUGCGGACGGUCGUUCUGCUCGGGCUGCCUCAGCUUCAGUGCUGUCGUUCCCCGCUCUGGAAGCACUCAGCAGAAAGUGUGCAAGCAGUGUCACGGAAAACUGACUGGCGAGGGAUCUCAAAGCAGUUCAGCAAAAUGGUCACCACCAGAAAACUACAAAAAGCGUGUAGCAGCUUUUGAGGCUCAGCAAAAACAGCUGAAAGGACAAGAGAAGGCAGCUACAAAACCCCCAGGUCAAGCAGGCUCCAGAUACCAGGGGCUCUCAAAAGAGGACAGAGCUAUUGCAGAGAGACUGGAGAGGCUCAGGGAGGAAAGGAAACCGAAGUCCAUCCCUACUCAGGCUGAGAUCGAAGCUAGGCUGGCUGCCCUGAAGGAGGACUGCCGGGGACCUGUUCCAUCCACACAGGAAAUGGAGGACCGGUUGGCUGUCCUGCAGGGGAGAGAUCCUCCUUCCCAGGCUCCCAGACCUGUACACCAGCCUCCUGAUACCAGAAGUCUGGUCCAGCAGACAGAUGACCUGUUAACUCAACUGUCUGAGGAAGUUGCCAUUGAUGAGCAUUACAGACCAAGAGUCCAGCCUCAAGCUGUUAGUAGACAAAGAUUGAACGAUCUCAGUCGUGAAAGUGAAGAUUGUGUUUGCCCUGCAAAUCUGGACCCAAAACAGCUAGAGGAAGAGAAGAAUAAACUUCUGGCAGAAGCUGCUGCUGAGCUGCGAGAAGAGAACACUAGGCAGGAAAAGAUCCUACAAGUUGCCAAGAGACUGGCAGCGCUCAGAGGCGAGGACCCAGAGAAAGUUACACUGGAAACCUAUAAACUUCCUGACAGUGAUGAGGAAGUAGCUGAGGAGGAAGCCAUUCGCAGAGUGCUAAAACAGGUCAGAAGUGGCAGCUGUGGCCGUGUUUAUCUUCCUCUCAAUUAUUCCCAGUGUGUAUGUUACCUGCUCACAGAGGAAGCAGCCCUGGGUGAAGCAAGUGGAUUCAACAUUCCUCCAGAUCAGACCCCCCAACCAGGACCCUCGCAACAGAACCUGCGUAAGAAACCAAAGCAAAAGAGCCAGACUCCAACCACCACAGCUCUUGUCAGGGCAGAUGACAGUGAUGAAGAGGAGUUACCCUGGUGCUGUAUCUGCAAUGAAGAUGCCACUUUGCGCUGCCAUGGCUGCGAUGGGGACCUCUACUGCCAGCGCUGUUUUCGGGAAGGCCAUGAUGAGUUUGACCUGAAGGACCACCACACCUCCCGCUAUCAUCUUCCUUGCAAGCAAAAGUGAUCACACUCUUCAUGGGCAGAGAAGGAGAUGGAGAACGGGAAAAGAGAAGAGUUGGCCAGAUGGGAAGAGCCCAAGUGGAUUUGCAGCCAAAACGGGUGAUGUUUUGGACAGUUAAAGGAUGUGCUGUAAUCUGAGAGAGGCUUGGAGGGCAUGUGACUUUGUCCUCACAAAUACAACCAGAGAAGUGCAGGGUUUGCUGUGCAUGCUUGGGGAUAAAUGAGGACUUGAUAUGACGAGGUGGAUACAAGUCUACAAAUACAGAUGUAUUUAUGCGGGUAGCAGUAAAGAUGUGUGUUUAAGGCAGUACUGACUGGCUUAUAAGUAACUUCCUGCUUUUGCUAACAGCCUACACGCUGGUUCAACAGGCAGCAAAGCACUUUGCACUAAGAAAACUGUCUAUGUCGUGAUCACGUGUGUGAUGAGAACUUCCAAAGCAUAAUAAAAACUAUUUAUGGAGGCCUGUGGUUUAAGUCUCUCCUGGAAAUGCCUGACAGACCUUUAUAAAGUAUUGCCUUCUUGUAAUCAUAUCUUAUGCCUAGUGUCAAGUGGCUUAGGCAAAGAAAUGAAGGAUUGUGAAGUCAUCAAAAACGUUUCUGUGGUGUGGCUGGAAAAGGUGCAGGGGCUACUCUGCCUUGAUGGGCAGUGUUGCUCAUGUAUAUGAAAAGAAGGAUGCUUUGUAAAGGCAAUUUGCUACUGAUGCACAGCUUUAUGAUUUGCAGUGGCUGUGCCAAGGUUCCAUGUGGUCUGUAAGAGCAGCAUGUUAAUCUGGAAGAGUUGUGUAUUAGUUUGAAAGCAGGUUUUGGCUCUGUUUAUUAUUUGGUCCCCUGGUAGGAUAAAGAUGUUAGCUGUGCGAUGCUCUUUAUCUGUGCUAUGAGAGAAGUUCAGUUUAAUAUGCUCAUAUCCCUCCCUGGAGAUAGUCCAGAUUCAAGUGGCACUUGCCAGUGACCAAAGCACCCAGAAUUGCUUCAAAUACCCAACUAAACUUGCCCUGAAUUUGCUAUAUUAUCCCAUCAGGAUGAGCUCUUCCCAGGACUAUAAUGUGACUUCCAAGACAGCUCUCUAAGGUUGACAAAUUCCAAUGGCAAAAAAAUCAAGGAUUUGCCUUUGACAGCAAAUGUCCAAUGAAUCUUGCCUGUCUGGUUUGACGCUGCCGCUCCCAGCUGUCUGCCCUGCCCCUGUGCUUAAGGUCACUGGCUCUGUAGGUGAGUUGACGAAACAGUGUUUGCCUGCAUCUCAGCCACCCCUGGUCAGAGCACAUCAAAAACAUUAAACUACUGCUGAAGAUGUCUAUGUGCUAACGUGCUGGACUGGAUCAGGCCCCUCAACAGAAACCUGCAUCAAACAAUGUAGAGUAGUAAUACUGCAGGUUAACACACUAAAAAUUGGGAGUGUAUCCAGCAGUGCCAUCAAAACCCUUUGUUAGAAAGAGGUGGCAAAACCUGACUCUUGUGGAGGAUCUUCCUUCUCCUGGCAGCCCUUGCUUUUACGGGUGCCUUUCUCUUUGGGACAGGUAGAUAGGAAAACUACUUGAGUUGUUCUGAUGCAAGAGCUCACAAUGAGCCCUGUGUUACACAAAAUUUAAGUAGAGAGUUACUGCCCUGAGGAGUUUGCAGUCUUAAAAAUGAAAACAAAAUGCUGUUCUGGUUUUGUGUUAUUGUAGGAACAACACUGUUUCAUUGCUAUUUGACCUGGAUAAUUAGUCCGAUAGCAAGACAGCCCAGUUCUGUCUUAGGUUAAAUGCUUUGUGUUUUGCAUGUACAGGAGGAGAUGCAAAUACCUGUUCUUACCUCUCUUCUAAGACUGAUCCACUCCUUUGGGCUUCAGCCUGUGUCCUUUCCAAGCAUGGACGGAAAGCAAGAAGUCUCGAUGAGCUCCUGAGAAUUGUAUUCAGUGCUCUUCAGCCAUCAUGGGAAUUCCUAGAAGAAACUAAAGGAAGGAUGUCCUUAUUCCCCAGCUUAACAUGCCCUUUAAGAAUCA